AGCGACAGCGCUUCUCUGGCUCGGAGCGUUGGAGGCUGCGAGCUGCGGCCGCCGCUCUCGGCUCGGCUCUCGGCUCGGCUCUCGGCUCUUCUCGCCCUCUCCCCGUCCUCUCCCCGACCUCUCCCUCUCCCCGCCCGGGGCUCGGCAGAGCCUGCCAGGCGCUUCCUGCGGCUACUGACCCCGGGGCGGGCUGUGCCCUCCCCUCGUCCCCGCCGCAGCAUGCACAGGCUCAUCGGGCUCCUCAGGAGCGUGCGGGAGCGCUCGACGUCCGGCAGCGCUUCCGCGCCCGGCGCCGCCGGGGCCUCCGAGCUCCGGGAGAAGGGCCAGGGCGCGCUGCACAGCGCGGCCGCCAGCGGUGACCUGGCCGAACUGCAGCGGCGCUGGUGGUGGUGGCAGAGACUCCGCAUCAACAGGCGGGACGCGAAGAAGCAGACGCCUCUGCAUCUUGCUUGCGCGAAUGGCCAUGCAGACGUUGUGCGAUUUCUAGCAGGAAAGAAGUGCCAGCUAAACCCUCGUGACAGCUUGAAGAAAUCGCCGCUGAUGAAGGCAGUAGACCACCAGCACAAAGACUGUGUGACUAUUCUGCUGGAGCACGGUGCCAAACCCAACCUCAAAGGUGCUGGCGGCAACACUGCCCUUCACAUGGCUGCUGUCAUUCCUAGCAAACCUCUAGUGGAGCUGUUACUUGAGCACAAUGCCCAUAUCGAUGCUCAGAAUGAGUUGGGGUACACUCCGCUUACUCUUGCGAUCACCGAGCGCUGUGAAGAGAUGGUUGAGUUCCUUCUCCAAAAAGGAGCUGACGUGCAUGCUCGAGAUAAGCAUGAAAGGACCCCUCUUAUGAUUGCUGUUCUUGCUGGGAAUAUGAAUACAAUAAAAAGCCUUCUUCGACAUGGUGCUGAUCUUUCUCAUCAAGACUGUAUUGGCAAGCAAGCUACGCACUAUGCCAGAGAGUUAACGCUUUACACCAAUAUUGCUGAGCAACUGGAGGAAUACAUCAGGUGUGAAAUGACAGGAGAAUGUUCUGCGGGAGGCACAGAAGGCCCAGCAGUACUGGACAGCUUUUGCGCUGGGACAGCUGCUCAUUGUCCCUUGGGGGGACCUGCAAUGACCAGAGCAGGUGUCUUGCCAGCAGCAGCAGAACAGCAAGAGGAAGAAGUUCACACUCCUUCUGAUUCUAAGACGGAUUCCGAAGCUCCAAACAAAGCCGUCGUGCUUCUUACCUCCUUUGUAGGUGUCUGCCCAGCAGUAGGAGCAGAAGACGAGGAGGAUGAUGACUCCUGGUUUGAUUCUGAGAUUUCUUCACUGGAGAGUGAAAAGCUUCAGCUAAAGCAGGAUGCUUCAGCUCAAGUGGAUUGUCAAAGCGAUAGACAGAGAUGGGUCAGGCAGCUGCAGGAGGAGCUCGCCAACGCUCUCAGAAAGAACUCCCUGGCAGAAGCGUCACUGGCAGCUAAGAAGCGCUACAGCAGGGACCUGCAGGAACAGCGGCUGCAGUUGCAGAAGGAACUGGACAGGUCUACAGCUAAGCUGCAGGAACUGAGAGAACGGCAUAUCCGGACUGAGUGUUAUGUCUGGUUCCUGAAGAAGGCCAUAAAGAAUAAGAAGAGGGAACUAACCACCUCCAGGAACCUGCAGGGCCUUCUGGCCGCCUCUUCCGCAACUGCGGCUAUCCCAGAGCUGGAAGAACGCAUGCAAAGGCUCCAAGUUGGAAAGGCCAGGCUGGAAGCCACAGCCCAGCAACAAGCCAAGACCAUCGAAGCCCUUCAGAAAGAUCUGCAAGCCUCUGCCACAGUAAGGCAGUCAGAGCCUUCCCUUUUCAUGAGCUACAGAGCCCAGUUCCACUCUUAAGAUGAGGUUUUCCCGGACAGCCCAGGAGAGAUCAGUUCCUCUGUUCUACUGACUAUAGGCUGCUCUGAAAGUCCUGCUGGCCCAUUCCCCAGCUUUCUGGCUUUGGGAGUUGUCCCAUGAGACUGUAGCAAGUCCUACUUAACGCCGUCUUUGUCAAGGAGUUGACGCUAAUGCACUGGCUGCAGUAUUUGCUGCUUUCGACCAGCUGCGAGGUUGAGACCGCAGGCAGCACUUGAGACAGUCGUGCAGUAGAGGGAUUUGGUAGCUUUGCUUGCGGACUUUCCUUGGGCUCUUUUGGUGGUGCAGAGCGCUUCAUCCUGGAGGCCUGACUGGCAUCGUCAGACUGUGACAGGAAUUCUUCACUUGCCUGGACUCUGGUCACCUUCCUGUUUUAGUGACUCUGGAUUCGUUGGCCAGAGGGUGUGGGUCCAUAAUGCAACGAGAAGACCUCCAGAGAAGAAAAUCCGCAACUAAUAAGGGAAUGACACCUCCAUAGGCAGUAUUUUGUGUGCUGUGCUUGGGUGGCGUUGCAGGGCAGGCAACUGUGGCGUUGCACUGAUGCUGGCAAGAGAAGAAGAAAGGCCCCGAGGUGUGACCUUCAGUCGGGAAAGUCCUAGCAUGAGUUCUUUUCUCUUCUUUUAACGCUGCUGUAGGCUCGUAAUGGCCCGGAGAACUUGAUACCUGGCUUUCAGACAAAACGGACUGCAAAGGAACACCAACGUCAGCAGUGUGGGAGUGAAAGCAAGGAAGUGAAGCAGCUGGUCGAGAUGAAACGCCGAUCAGAAGCGCUUCUGGAGGAAAUGUGGCGGAGAAACAGUGCGCUGAAGGAAGAACGUACCAGGCAUGGCUUUUUAGUGCUUUAAAGAAGUAUCAUGUUGAGUGGAAGUCAAGCUUUACUGAAAUCUCAUGUAAAGGCACGUACAUAACCGUCUGUGAGCAAAUUCAAGCCUCGCGUUCAAUCUUGCAAAGUGCUUCUGUGCCUGAGCCUAUGGUUUGAAAAAGCUGCAAAAGGCCUUGCAAAAUCAGGCGGCCUGCAGUUCUCCUGGGAGGGAAGGAAGUCUUUUCUUCCUCUGUUCAGGUAAACUUUGGGCCUUCCAAGUGAUGACUGGCACUGCAGUGCUGGCUGUCCUCAGCAAUUCCUGGCCUGCAAUUCAAGCACACUACAGAUGAAGCAAGCCAUGGCUGUGCUGCUUACGUAAGAGUACGUGAAAAAGGCCAACUGUUGCUUUGCUUCACGCUUUCCUCACUGAUUUGCUGUGCAGGUUGAAGAUGCUUCUGGAGGGAGCUCGGGCAAAGGUAAAGGCAUAUGCAGAGAAGGAGAGAGAGAAAGAGUCCCAGCUCAGUUUCCAGGGAGAGAUGAAUAACAGCUGUUCGGAGGUGGCCAGCCAAGUUGGUAAACUAAGAAGAAAGCCGGUCACCAUACAUCAAGAUUUUCAUACGAAAAAGCAGGUGACAAAUGCAGUCUCGAUGGCCCCCCACCUUACGGAUUCCCACAGAUCUGGAGAUGCAGUCGAAAAACCACAGGCAGUGGAUGAGAAAAAAGCAGGACCUGUGAGAAAAGCUGUCCGCAUUGCGUGGGACUGCCAUGGUAGGUCAGAGCCAAACAGAGCAGUCUAAAAGAGAUGGGAGAAAGAACUGCACAAGAAAUAACACAAGAACUGCAACAAGUGGAUCCAUAUCUCCAUGUAAUGCCAUUUUCCACAUGUGUCUGUAGCCCAUAGGCUACAACUUUGUUGUUGACAUGUUUGAGUCUUUGGUUUUCGGUAUCUGGAUCUGUGCGCUAGUGCUGUAUUUCCAGGAUCCACUUUCCAGUGGCACCUUUGGCCCAGCCUGCUGUAAAACUAACACGCAGCCUUUGCUUUUCCUGCCCUUCGCCAGUCACAGCUGAACCUCCGAUGUAGUUAGCGCUGAGAUGAUGCUGGAGCAGCGGAAGUGCCAGGAAACAGAGUGCUCACAGGGAGAUGAGUGAAGCCUGGAAACCUUUGCCUUCCACCUCUUGCAGCGACUACCCUGCAUCUAAUUCCAAGUGUUCUGUUGCAGCUUGGUAUUUAAUAAACUCUGUCAUCUA